UCGCUAGCGCGCCGGCGUCAGCUGUGGUUUGUGCGCCGCUCUGCGCGUGACCGGCGGUAGUGUAGGUGGUCAUGGCGAAUCGCAGAGCUUUGCACUUCGUGUUCAAAGUGGGAAACCGCUUCGAGACGGCGCGUUUCUAUCGCGAUGUCCUGGGGAUGAAGAUUCUCCGGCAUGAGGAAUUUGAGGACGGCUGCAAAGCUGCCUGUAAUGGGCCUUACGAUGGGAAGUGGAGUAAAACAAUGGUGGGGUAUGGGCCUGAGGGUGAUCACUUUGUCACGGAACUGACUUACAAUUACGGCAUCGGCAGCUACCAGCUUGGCAAUGACUUCCUGGGUAUCACGGUGGCUUCCAGCCAAGCUAUCAGCAACGCUAGGAAGCUGAAGUGGCCGCUCAAUGAAGUGGGAGACGGUGUGUUUGAAACCAAAGCCCCUGGAGGAUAUAAGUUCUAUUUGCAGAACUGCAGUCCACCUCAGUCAGAUCCUGUAUUAAAAGUAACUCUAGCAGUGUCUGAUCUUCAGAAAUCUUUGAACUACUGGUCUAACCUACUGGGAAUGAAAAUUUAUGAAAAAGACGAGAAGGAGCAGAGGGCUUUGCUGGGCUAUGCUGAUAACCAGUGUAAGCUGGAGCUGCAGGCCAUUCCAGGGAAAGUUGAUCAUGCAACAGGUUUUGGACGCAUUGCCUUUUCUUGCCCUCAGGAAGAGUUGUCAGACUUAGAAGACUUGAUGAAAAGGGAAAACCAGAAGAUUCUGACUCCCCUGGUGAGUCUGGACACUCCAGGGAAGGCGACCGUGCAAGUGAUCAUUUUGGCCGACCCUGAUGGACAUGAAAUUUGCUUUGUGGGGGAUGAAGCAUUUCGAGAACUCUCAAAGGUGGAUCCAGAGGGAAACAAAUUAUUGGAUGACGCCAUUGCAGGAGAUAAAAGUGAUGAAUGGUUUGCUGCACAAAAGAAACCCAAGGCUACAGGUUAACGGAAGGCAUCACAUGCAACAAGCAUUGGUGAUCUUGCCCAGCUCCUGUGAGGCCUGCCAUGCGCCUUACAUGGUGAACGCUCUCUCAACGUGGGGGUUUCCUGUACAGGCACAGAGGCUGGGGUGGCAACGACGCAUGUAUUUUAAUCUUUAAAAGCUCUGAUAUGUUUUAGAAAAUCCUGUCAUCAUCAGUUCAUUUAAAGAACUUUUGCUGUCAUCUGUGCUGUCACUGCAAGGGUACAUUCUGUAUGUAACUCUGUUAGUAAUAAAUUCUUCUCCAGGCUGGGACAGCUGUAUGGAACAUGACCUUUGAUUAAGGGUUGAGGGAAUUUUGAUAAGCAUGUAGGUUUAAUGAGAACAACUAAAUCCAGAUAAGUCCAAAUCGGUUACUUAUAGCAGGUCCUUCCAGGACCUGGAGACAGUAUGCUGUUCUAAUGUCUUACUCUGGCAGGCCUUGACUUUAUAUAUAAAAACUUUUAAAGAAAUUUCAUGCCUUGAACCAAAAGGUUUGGUUAACAUUCUGAUAUUCCUUGCUUUAAAUUUUUUAGUCAGAAAAAAAUAGAAGGGUGUAAUGUUGCUACAUGCCUGGCUCUGUGUUAUUUUCUCUCUCUCUCUCUCUCUCUCUCUAUAUAUAUAUAUAUAUAUGUAUAUGUAUAUGUAUAUGUAUGUAUCUAUAUAUGUGUGUGUGUGUGUGUGUGUAUUUUUGCUUUUAAUCCUCUUGAGACCAUGUUAGAUUUCUUAGAGAUGGAUUAAUGAUUUCUUCAGUACGAAAAACUUAAAAUAUUUACUUAUUAUUUUCUUUUUGAUUCUGCAGAACAAAUCACUUUUUAUCACUGGAAACAAGUUGGGCAUUUUUAUUAUGAAAUGUUUUUUGGGAAUUAUGCUUCUGAAAUCAAGCUGUUACAACCAAUUUGUAAGAGUCAUUAUUUAAAGGUGGUGGUCAGUUUCACACUUUAGGGAAGAAACUAAGGAGACUGGAAAGGACUGACUCAGAAGUUACCAGUUCCUACACAAUAUACAUGAAAUUACUUGUAAAUCAUAGCCUCUAAAACCAAUUGUGGGUUUAAAUGCAAACCAAACUAUGUUCCUCCUGUCCACAAUUGGUUCACCUUUUUCCUAUGCAUAGGGAAAUUAUAUGAAUUUUGGAUAAUCAAGUAAAUGCCUUGUCUGU